AGGGCGCAUAAUGUUGCUUUUAUCUAAUUCUUGCAAGACGCAGUCUACGAUUCCAAAAUACAACAACGGACGCGGACACGUACAACCAUUCUUCGCGAGCUGAGCGGCAGCUGGGGUGGCCGGCUCUUGCUAGCCAGGAGAAUGAAAAUGAUUACCUGAUCAGCAAGCAAGUACAUGUACAAUCAUGUAGAUCUAGAAGCCUUGCUCUUCUGAUGAUGUCGACGAAUCCUGCAGCACUAUUAAUUUUAUUCGUAUGAGCAGUGGAAUCGUUCAUUAGAACCUAAGCAGUGAAUGUUUCACCAGAGUUAGCUGAAAGCUAGUCGGAGUUGGACUGUCCCGACCGGUACACCCGGACUGACAAUGGUGCGCCUACUGGAGGACCUUUGCCUGCGAUGCAUCGCCAGGAACAUGGCGAAGUUGCCCGCCUCGAACCUGCAGUGGCUGACCGUUACCCAGAAGGAGGUGCUGCUGGAGCGUAUGGCAUCGCACCAGCUACUCACAAGCGCCGUUUUACCGCUGGCUACCGUGCACCUGCUUGAUUCCCACCUUCGCACAGUUGUACUUGAUCGUUGCUCGCAGAUCACCGAUGACGUCUUGGCUGCUCUGGGCUGCAAAGCGCGCAACCUGGUGAAGAUACGCGUUACGUCUUGUCCUAAUGUGUCGGAUGCUGGCCUUAAAGGCCUUCUGAUGCACCAGCAAAGUCUUGCCGACCUGACACUGAAGGGAAUGUCGCAACUUGUCAGAGGUACAUUCCUGUCGGCCAUCAACUGCCCAGAAACACUGACGUCCGUGUCGCUAAAGAACAGCAGGUUCAUCUUUGCGUCUUUGGUGCCGUUGCUGGUGGAGAGGAACAGACGCAUUGCCGUACUGGAUGUGCAGAACAUUCACAACCUGGACGACGCAACGAUCGCCAUUAUUGCACAAGCACUCGGCAAAGACCUGAUCUCGCUCAAUGUCUCCAAAGCGGCAAAGAUCAGCAGGCCAUCGCUCCAUGCACUGAGCACUCACUGUCCGAAUUUAGAGCGUUUGGUGUUGAAUAGUGUGAACAGCUACAAUGGUGAGGGCCUGAAUGAAGUAAUCAAAUGCUGUAACAUUUCGGUGCUGGACAUGGCUUUCUGCUUCUUCCUGUCUGGAUCGGCUGUUGGUGAGAUCUUCCAGGACCAAGAGAGGAGAGCCACAUUGCAACGUCUGCACAACUGCAGCACUGUUCCUGACCACUAUUUGAUGCAAGGAGUCAACUCGUCCGCGCUCACACAGCUUGAGCAUCUGGACUUGAGCGGAUCGCCGAUCGCCGACGCCGCCGUUCAGUUCCUCUGUGAGAAACUUGGAGCUCAGCUGGCCUCCAUCAACCUAGCUAUGUGUCGCAACAUUGGGGAGCAGACGUGCGUCUCCAUAGCAACCUACUGCACGGCACUGGUUUCGCUGAAUAUGGCAAUACAUUCGCAAAUGACCUGCGCCGGGUUAUUCCCUCUAUUCUGCAAUGCGGACAGAGCUAGUCAGUUCACGCAUCUCGACUUUGACGGCUGUGCCAAGCUGGCUGGAAGUGUCCUGGAAGAGAUAGCCUCGUCGUGUGUCAACGCUCAAAGUUUGAACUUCUCGACGUGUGAAGUACUAUGCGACAGCACACUAGUGCACAUUGGCCAGAACUGCCCUCAUCUCACCAGCCUCGGGGUAAAGCGUUGUAAUGACGUAACAGAUUCAGGGCUGCUGAACAUCGUGCAUGGGUGCAAGUCCCUGCGCCACCUGGUCGCAUCCGGCUGCCACAAGCUCACCGACUACAGCAUGCGUGCCCUGGCGGAGAAAUGCGAGCACCUUGCUUCUGUCUACAUUUCGGGCAAUGCCUAUGUGUCCGACGCUGCUGCAAAGUACAUUGAGGACAUGGGCCACAAGCGAGUGCACGUUGUACACCGAGUACCCAAUCGCGGCGACGGCAUAAUCGUGGCCAAAAACUUGGACACGGGCCUGUACCAGUUUGCGCCGGACAGCGAUGAGAGGUAGUGAACGAGCUGGUCCAGAAUUGGUGAUCGUAGUUGUAUAUCUGCAUUGCAAGCAACAGCUUCUAGUACUAGUGGGUAAGCCUGACGAGACGGCAGCACCAAGCUAAGGUUGAUGAGCGUAACAUUACAUGGUGCAGUGCGUCGGUUUAUGACCGACUGGACAUGCUUGCACUGGAACCACGUGCAGCGCAGGGCUUCCUUAACCAAGUUGACGAGCCGGGAAAGCAGGCAUGAUGUGCGUCGACGGCCACGGAUGUGGAACAACACAUCCCAAGAGUGAUUUUAAAUACUGCCAUGCCAGAUGCACAACUAGGCGUGUAAAGCAAAAAAUAUUUUCCCCGUUGUAGAAUCUGGAAACAACAUGCCGGUCUACGCCGAGCCUACGAGUGUCUGGUAUGAUCAUGCAGCGGUUUUUGAACUGUUGCAUCACAAAACCAGUGACAGGAGUCCGUUACAUUAUAGGAACUCUGCCAUAUUCGGACACCUUCCUCAUAUGAAACCUUGUUUUAUCCACGUUGAGAGUUGUGUGCAAAUAUUGGCGGGUUUUCGUCACCAUCAGCUAUAAAUUUCUAUCUUUUUAUAAAUCUUAACGUUCAGAUUAUAUCUUCAGAACUCGCUAUUGUUUUUAAACUCAAUUGCAGCAUGCUCCUUGGACUUGAAUACUAUAGAGGUAUAAUACGCGAUUGCACCAUCAAUUAUAUUGAGAUGCUUUGGCGAGGUUGUGGUACAGCCAUGCACUAAGUCUUGCACUAGCCACUCUCGCUGCGUGCAUAGUGCCCAUUAGACAUUCGCUGGUACGCGUUGGAUACUUAGCGCCCGUUAAAAAUCCGCGGACUCGCCGCAUGACACCGUU